AUGCUACGAGCGAGGCUCGUGGGCUGGCUGCUGCUGGCGCUCGUGACCUUUGCGGUGCAUGGCGAUGUCCACGUGGCCACGGCGACGCCGCGAGAGUACAAGCACACGACGGACCCGGCGAUUCUCAGCGCUGCGCAGUUUGCACUCGACGAGCUGCGGCGGCUCUCGGACACGGGCAUCUACAUGACGCUGUCGCUGCAUGCGGUCACGUCGGGCGCGACCCAAACGGGUGACUUUCACGACAACACGUAUCUCAUGCUCGAGCUCGCGUCGCCACACUUCAAGAGCGGGGCGCCCGUCGAGAGCUUCGAGGUCGUCGUCAUGGAGAGCCGCGACGGAGACCGGCGCAAGAGCUUUGCCAUCGACAACUUUCCGGAAAUGGCCGAGGAGGCGAUCGAGGCGUAUUGGAUCGAAAUGGUCGAGGCGACGCGGGCGAAGCGCCGGAACGUCUUUGCGAAAUGGGCCCACGAGCAGCAAGAGCCCUCGGUGACCAAGGACGAGCUCUGA